AUGACUCGCAGUAAACAAAUUUUGGUAACCACCGCGAGAAACUGGAACGAGACAACAAAGUUAAAACAAAGUACAAACCUGGCGGACGGCGAUGAAGACUUUGGAAGGGAAGUAAGAGACCGUAUUAGGCACUGUAUUCUAAAUAUCAUGCACGAACUAGAACUACGAGUUGCAGAGAACGGAAACCUGGAAAAUUUACAACAGAGAUUAGAAUGGUUGUUGAGUUUGGUGGUACGGUAUCAUCAAACUAAUCUUAUCGAGUGGGUUUUAGUCGACCACAUUUCAGAAGCGUUGGCAUGUUUAACAUGCUUGUUUGAAACGGCAAACAACGAUACGACUGAGCGAAUUUUUAGCGGGUCUCCAGGAAGACCAAAAUUUAACAUUUCGUACGAACAGCUGAAUUUUCUCGUUGAAAGACGUUUUACUGGCAAUUAG